AUCACGGCACGUUGGGAGCGCCAGAAGGGGACCAUGACCUUCUCACCUGUGGGCAAUGCCAGAUGAACUUCCCGUUGGGGGACAUUCUCAUUUUUAUUGAGCACAAACGGAAACAAUGCAAUGGCAGUCUCUGCUUAGAGAAAGCUGUGGAUAAGCCACCCUCACCUUCACCAGUCGAGAUGAAAAAGGCGUCCAAUCCUGUGGAGGUUGGCAUCCAGGUCACGCCAGAAGAUGACGAUUGUUUAUCAACGUCAUCUAGAGGAAUUUGCCCCAAACAGGAACACAUAGCAGAUAAACUUCUGCACUGGAGGGGACUCUCUUCCCCUCGUUCUGCACAUGGAGCUCUUAUUCCCACCCCCGGGAUGAGUGCAGAAUACGCCCCACAGGGUAUUUGUAAAGAUGAGCCCAGCAGCUACACAUGUACAACUUGCAAACAGCCAUUCACCAGUGCAUGGUUUCUCUUGCAACACGCACAGAACACUCACGGAUUAAGAAUCUACUUAGAAAGCGAACACGGAAGCCCCCUGACCCCGCGGGUUCUUCACACACCCCCAUUCGGCGUAGUGCCCAGAGAGCUCAAGAUGUGUGGCAGUUUUCGGAUGGAAGCUCGAGAGCCCUUAAAUUCUGAGAAAAUUUGAUGCCCUCCCCCCCACCCCCCACCCAAGGCAGGGUGGGAUGUCCUGCCGCCCAGCCGACAUCAGAGCGUGGUCCGUCAUCCUGCUAGUUUGUGAUGUUUUCUGACAGUAGCCUCCAAGAAGCCGUUGUGUGAAGACAGAGUCCUGCGGAGUCCUUCCCAUUUGGGCCUGCAGUGCCAUUUUAUUUAUAUUUUUUAAUAAAAAAAAAAACAGAAACAAAAAAAAAAACACCAGAAUCGCAUUGGAACAGUGAAUCAGUCCCAUGUUACAGGGCCCAUUGGCCGUCACCAUCUUUGAGUGAUGCCCAAGCCCUCUUGAAACCAGCCAAUUUAAUUACCUGUACUGUGGAAAAGAGCAUGAGUCCCCCAACCCAUUGUUUCUAUACAUUCUACGUUGUCUUUUAAAAC